AUGUCUAAUCUAGACGACAGUGUGUUAGCUGACCGAGCGGCCUCUGCCCCUGCUGAUGCUGAGGAUGUGAAUAAGGUCUUGCUGAAUUACCAAGGUGUCUCGCUCUACAGAACUGACGUUGACAGCUUGAUUGGGCGAGAAUUUGUCACAGAUGCCAUUAUUCAGUUUUGUGUUGUUCACUACUCCUCGAUUCUCAACUGCAAGGAUAUUCGCUUCUUGGAUGCCUCAGCGGCCAUUGGUAUCUCUAUUAGACCGUCCUUCGGCGCGGAGUAUGAUCUUGAUUCCUUCCCACUCCUGCUACUUCCUGUCUCGGACAGUGAUGACCCUGAUAAGGGGGAUGGUGGCAAUCAUUGGUCCCUCCUCGUCGUCGACGGUGCGUCUAAUCCUUUCUGCCCGCGCUUCGUUCAUCAUGACAGUAGUGGGAACGCCAACCGCAGCCAUGCCGAGCGAUACGCCAACGGAAUUCGGCAGCUACUUCCUGGCAGGUUUGGUGCUGCAAUUCUCUACGAGGGGCCCACCCCGCAGCAGAACAACGGCUGUGACUGUGGCCUCUACGUCGCGGCGGUGGCAAAGGCCAUAUUGGACUGGUACACUCGACCACGGCAGCAGCGGGGAACCGAUUGGUUCACAGACGUACAGGCACAGGUGUCUGUCCAGAGUGUCUCGAGACUGAGGGCUGAUCUGCGGGACCUAAUCAAGCAGCUUAUCCAAGAGAACAAGGCUGGAGAGAGUGGCGAUGAAUAG